CUAAACCGGAAGUCAUGAUGGGGAGGUGAUUCUAACUGCUUGCUAGAUCUUGGAGGAGGAGCGGCUCCUUCUUCAGGCCGCCUUCAUGGGAGCUCCCUCCAGAGUUCAAUCCUCCCUGCCUGUCCCGCCGCCGCUGUUGCGGGCGGAGGAGCGAUGGCGGCUUCGCCAUAGAGCCGCGGGAAAUAUGAGCGGUGCCAAAUAUGAGCGAGGCUGCGGCCAAAACGCCGACUAGCCGCCGGCGUUUUCCUGAAACCCAAACGUGACAGUCGUGAUGAUUAAUGAGGCCCGUAGAGACCCCCGUUUCCAGAGUAGCCUGCCGGAAGCCGCCUGAGGGCGGGCCGCUCUAGCCCCGCCAGGCUCCAUGGCUCCGCGCGGCACGCCGGAAGUGUCGCCAUGGUUUCCUGGCCCGUCUCUAUGGUGGCCGCCGCAGCCGCCGGCUCGCCCUCUCUCUGGUCGGCCAAGAUGGCGGAGCUCAGCGGAGGAGGAGAAGGAGGCGGCGGCGGCGGUGGGGGGCCGGGCUUGGCCGGGGGCGGCGAGGGGGCCGCCGCGGGGAGCGGGCUCCUCAUCCGGGUGACGGUGAAGACCCCCAAAGACAAGGAGGAGAUCCUCACCGGCGAGCGCGCCUCCGUCAGGGAGUUCAAGGAAGAAAUCUCCAGGCGGUUCAAAGCCAAACAGGAUCAGCUGGUUCUGAUCUUUGCUGGGAAGAUUCUGAAGGACGGGGAUACACUGAAUCAACAUGGGAUCAAGGAUGGCCUGACCGUGCAUCUGGUGAUCAAAACGCCCCAGAAGGCUCAGGAUCCUUCAGUGGUGGCCACGGCUUCCUCUCCUCCCACCGCCGCUCCUCCACCCACCCCAGCUCCUGCUGCUGCUGCUGCUCCUCCCGCCCCCACUGCAGCUCCCGCCGCUCCUGCGGCCCCCCCUCUGCCGUCCACGUCUAGCAGCACACUCUCCGAAGCUGGGAGCACCAGCCGGAGGAGCAGCGGCUUGGGAGCCCCCCCGGGCCCGGCAGCAGAAGGAGCCCCCAGCGGCGCCACCUCCAUCUUGUCCGGCUUUGGGGGCAUCGCUGGGCUGGGCCACCUGGGGAUGGGCUCGGCCAACUUCAUGGAGCUCCAGCAGCAGAUGCAGCGGCAGCUGAUGUCCAACCCGGAGAUGCUCUCUCAGAUCAUGGAGAACCCACUGGUCCAGAGCAUGAUGUCCAACCCAGACUUCAUGAGGCAGAUGAUCAUGGCCAACCCCCAGAUGCAGCAGCUGAUGGAGCGCAACCCCGAGAUCAGCCACAUGCUGAACAACCCGGAGCUCAUGCGCCAGACCAUGGAGCUGGCCCGCAACCCGGCCAUGAUGCAAGAGAUGAUGCGCAACCAGGACCGUGCCCUGAGCAACCUGGAGAGCAUCCCGGGAGGGUACAACGCCUUGCGCCGCAUGUACACGGAUAUCCAGGAGCCCAUGUUCAGCGCUGCCAGGGAGCAGUUUGGCAACAACCCCUUCUCUGCCCUGGCGGGGAGUUCAGACACCUCGAACGCGCAGCCUCUGCGGACGGAGAACCGGGAGCCCUUGCCCAACCCCUGGAGCCCGUCGCCCACGUCUCAGAGCCAGGCCCCCGGCAGCGAAGGGAGCCCUGGGCCGGUCACGAGCCAAAGCACACCCACCGUGUCCAACCCUCUGGGGGUCAACGCAGCCAGCCUUGGGACUGGGAUGUUCAGUAGCCCAGAGAUGCAGGGCCUCCUACAGCAGAUCUCGGAGAGCCCCCAGCUCAUGCAGAACGUGGUCUCCGCCCCGUACAUGCGCACCAUGAUGCAGACGCUGGCCCAGAACCCCGACCUCGCAGCACAAAUGAUGGUGAAUGUCCCCCUCUUUGCUGGCAACCCUCCGCUCCAGGAGCAGCUGCGUCUCCAGCUGCCUGCCUUCCUGCAGCAGAUGCAGAAUCCGGACUCUCUCUCGAUCCUGACCAACCCUCGCGCCAUGCAGGCCCUGCUGCAGAUCCAACAGGGGCUCCAGACACUGCAGACAGAGGCCCCCGGACUGGUGCCCAGCCUCGGGACUUUCGGAACGCCGCGCGUCGUCGUGCCGCCGCCGCCCUCCUCUGCCGCAGGGAGCGCCAUCCCCGAGACCCCGGUGUCCUCCACGUCGACGCCUGUCAGUGCCUCUCCCGCCGGGGACAGCAGCCCCCACCAGCAGCUCAUGCAGCACAUGAUCCAGCUCCUGGCCGGCGCCAACUCGCAAGCGCCCAGCCCGGAGGUCCGCUUCCAGCAGCAGCUCGACCAGCUGCAGGCCAUGGGCUUCAUCAACCGCGAGGCCAACCUGCAGGCGCUCAUCGCCACCGGCGGAGACAUCAACGCCGCCAUCGAAAGACUGUUGGGCUCCCAGCCGUCCUAACGCUCCCCGCCGUCCGCCACGGGGUGUCCACAACCCCCAGGGACCUCUGGAGUUGCUGGCCGGGGCCGCCGUCUCCUCCCUCGGAGUCUGCCGAUGUGCACACUGGAGCCCGGGGCAGCCCCCUCUGUGCUGCGCGCUCCCUCCCGGAUGCUUUCCGAGUUGCAUUGCGCAUGGAUUCUGGUUCUCCUUCAGUGGCCAUGUUGAGAUGUGUCGCCCCUUUCCUCCCCCGCCCCGCCCUCCCCAUUAGGCUCCUCCUCCUCCUCUAGUUAGUGGAAGUGUUACUUCUAGGUCACCCCCAUGAUUGUGUUGGACUCGCUUGUUUUCUGACUCUGAGAACCGCACACGACUUGCCUGCUCUGCCCUCCUCCUUCCAGCCGGCUGCGAGGUGCCGCCUGUACCGGAUCCCCCCUGCCCAAAGGCAUUUCUCCUUGGAAGUGCUAAGGAAGGGGCAAGUGCGGUUGAAAGCCUGGUGGCCCUCAAGGGUUGUCGUCCUGGCUGUAACGCCUCCAGCCCCUCCGCUUUCCUUCAGUGCUGAUGGACUGUCCAGAUGUCGAGGCAGGGGGCCCGCCCUCAGCCUGAGAACGGCAGCGGGAGUGCUGCAGGGGGCCGAAAGCGUGACUCGUGCUCCACCGUUUCCCUCAGAAGCCUCCUUUUGAAUGUCAUUGCUUCCUCGAUGCAUCUCGGAACAUGAUCUCUAAUGUGGCUUCUCCCCCCACCCCCCCGGGCCGGUUUUCAGUUCACAUUCAGGUCUUGACAUGUGACCAGUUUGGAGUGCAGCCCUGGGGAGGAGGAGGGUGUGUGCAUGCGUGCAUGUGCAGGGACAGAAAGUUGGAGGAUGGUGGGGAGUCCCUCAUGCGUGGGGAAAGCGAUGGAUGAUAGUUCUCUCCCCCUCCCCCUUUUAUCUCCCUUCCCUUCCCCCCCUCUCUGUUCAGUUCAGGGUGUUUAAAUUGCUGGCCGCCCCAGGGUGUCGUCCCAAGAGCCCUGCCGCCCCCAGUGGCGUCUGCGUCUGAAUUUGCAUACUGUUUUUAUCCAGGAAUAAAAUGCACACAGCCAUCUGUCUCCCUCA